AUGGACAGACACAGAAGACCACUGAGUGAGUUGCUGAAGGCAAAUAAACUAAUCAAGGAGGAACUUCAAAGUCAAGUGGAAUUGCUAAAUUCUUUUGAGAAGAAAUACAGCAAUCCUGGCCCUGUAUAUGACUGCUUGGUAUGGCAUGAUGGCGAAGUCUGGAGAGCCUGCAUUGAUUCUAAUGAAGAUGGGGACUUGAGUAAGUCUACCGUGUUGAGAAACUACAAAGAAGCCCAAGAAUAUGGCUCUUUUGGCACAGCUGAGAUGUUGAAUUACUCCGUUAAUAUAUACGAUGAUGGAAACCUGCUCUCCAUUGUGACCAGCGGAGGUAUCCCAUUUCAGAUUGACCAAUGAGAUAUAGAUUUAUGAGGUGAUAAAGUGGUACAUUGCGAUAGCCCACAGCAACCUUCUAGAGAAUUUUAAGCUAGAGAUCCUAGCUAAAGGACUAGGUCCAGAAUCAUAAAUGUGAUUUGAUUUACCUGCAAGAUGUUGUUUUUUAAGGUCAUAACCAUGUAGGAUCCAGUCCAAGAAUAUAAGCAUGGUCCAACAUCAGAAAAUCCAUCAAUAGGCCAGGUGCAGUGGCUC